AUGGAUGUUUUAGGAUGUGUACAUCCGGUGGGGCCUAAAUAUAAUGAAGCGGAAGCUCGUAUCAUCAGCUGCUUCACACUACAGUUUCAUCAGACGGUUGUGACGGCUUCUCUGUGUUGGUUGGGGGCAAGAUUGCUCAAGUGGUUAGAGCGCAAAUUUACUGACCCGACCUCUGCUUCUCGAAUUUCCAUGUCUAGGCUUGGGCAACCUGGCACUAUCCCAGUCCUGGUGCUUCCUCUGGAUGACAUGGCAGUUAGGCACCGAAAGGGUGCUACAGCUGAACGAUUUUUUUCUCUAUGGAUCACUACACCACUUCAGUUUCAAAUGUGGAAAUUUUACGUUCAAUGGCAGAAGGGCGGAUUGCGCCGUUUUUGCGUUCAGUGGUUCAUUUCAUGGGAAGUAAAUCACAAGGAUGAGGCUCAAAUUUCUGUAUUCGAUUUCUGA